GUUGAGUGUCCGGUUGACAUUUAUUUUUGUUUGUCGAACUAGUUGACGCCUUUUUUUCAAUUAAAUAAUUAUUCUUGUUGAUUUAAUUAGUAGAGACAUGACAGACGAGAGGAAUUUCAGGUCGUCGUACUACGAAAAGGUCGGCUUCAGGAGUGUCGAAGAGAAGAAAUCACUGGAGAUACUGCUGAAGGAGAGGCCCUUCGACACUGCUAAAUUGAAGCACUUCUGUCUGAGAUUCACAGUGCCAGUGAUGCACAGGAACUUCCUCUGGAAAAUUCUGUUUGGAAUCACUCCGAUUUAUCCGGAGAGCCGGGAGUUUGUGUCCCAGCAGAGGAGGAUUGAGUUCCAGGACUUGAGGAGGGCGUUGAAGGUCACGAGGAUUGUUGAUGAGGGGACGAAACCUCAUAGGGUUUUUUUGAUGAUGUGGCUGCUGAGGACGAGGAGGGCGAAGAUUGAUUUGAGUGCACAGUUGGAGUCACCUCUUGUCAGGGCAAUGAAUAAAAUGGCAGAAAGCCUCUGGCACAUAAUGGAAGGUGACCACGAGUACGAGAAGAUGGUGGACAUGUACUGGAUCCUGGGUGGCUUCUUGGAUCACGUGCAGAAGUUUCACAAAGACGUUGGCAAACUCCUAGAAUGCACUUCUCAAUUGCUGGAGAGGGAAGAUCCCACUCUGUACAAACAUCUGAGUAAAUUCGAGGCACUCAAUAAUAUUCCUUUCGACGAGUGGUUCUGCUCCUGCUUCGCGGGCAUCAUCAGUGAUGGAUCAAUACCAAAAAUUUGGGAUAAAGUGGCUGUUGGUGCGUACAAAAUACUAGUCUUCGUGGCUGUUGUCAUUCUCACAACAUUCAGAAGAGUUUUGCUGCAGUGUGAGAGUAUUGAUGGUGUUCUGGAUGCAAUAUCUCAUGUAAAUGAAGAAACUUCCGAGUUGAUCGUCAACAAAGCAAUAGAAUUGUGGCAACAAAGUGGUUCGAUACUGGUGACAAUGUCCCCAAACGUCGUAAAUAUAACAAACGCGUGAUACUUAGCCAUAAGUCCGAUUUCUAUUUCUACCAAUUUAUUAUGAAAAUACGAAUAAACGCGAAUUAAUUGUUUGUAAAAUUUUGGAAAAUCACUUUUGACUCAUCAUUUGAGGGGAAAUUGGGGAAUUACAAAUGAAAAUCGUUCUUUCCUUUAUCUUAAAAAUAAUUUAUUUUUACUGUUGCAAUCAUAAAUCGUACAUGUACAUUUUUUUCUCACUCGAUAUUGACAAUAUUUUUAAUCAUCAAAUCGACCUCUACACCUUAAACUAGGCAUCCUCUUGAUCGCAACGUCACACUCGUAAUUAUUAAAUUCAUGAUGUUUUUAUAAUUACAGUACAGCUGCGUGUUACUUGUUCAUUCCCUUUUUACGAACAUAAAAUUGACAACUUGCAAAAUGUGAUUCUCUACAAAUGAAAAAAGACACGUUUUCUCAUUUCAACACGAGAAUUUGAUAUUUGAUCCUAAAUCAAUUAGCCGUAGCACUCGACUCAAAGAUCUCUCCAUACGUGACUCAUAUCUCUCAUUUACCUAUUAUUACUAUUAUGCUAAAAUUAUUAUUUUCGUACAUUCUCCCUUGAGACACGUGGGGAGCACUUUUAAGCAAUUGACGCAAGUGAUUAUGCCAGCAGGAGAGCUCCUCGAGCGUGCCAGGAUUAUUUAAAAUGUCUUUUCUUCAGGUCUAACGCACUUUUUAAAUUCUCUCGUCAGUACAAUGUCCACAAACGUAUUUUUUCACUCAUUUAUUGGCUUCUAUUUAACUUAAUCGAUCUUUGGCUUGGAGAACUUCCGCAUUUCUCGCUUCGUCACUGCACGACAAAGAAAAAGGAAAUACUAGGGAUCAGAGAAUCCGGGGAGAUUUUUUUACUAGCAGGAAUGUAAUAUAUGGUACAAAAAUAAUAAAAAAUUGAUAUAAUUUUUUUUAUUGUUAUUUUCUCACUGGCAAUUGCAGAAAGAUGUGAUUGUUUUGACUGUAGAAAUCUGAAAUAGAG